AUGCGGACUUACAAGAGAAAAACUACAAGAUGUUCUUACACUACUGAAGAUUUAAAAAAUGCUGCAAAGGCUGUGAACGAUGAAGGUAAAAGUGUUCAUGCCACCGCAACAGAAUUCGGUAUCAAACGGAUGACUUUGACAAGAUAUCUGAAAAAAUUAAAUGAAGGUGGCGAUUCAUCCAUGGGCUAUGCAACACCGAGACAAGUAUUUUCUUCUACACAGGAAGAUUCACUGAAAAAAUACUUGCUACAAAUGGCAUCAAUCUUCUACGGAUAUUUUCCAAAAGAUGUCCGUCGCCUUGCCUACGAAUGUGCUAAUAAAUUUGAAAUUGAAAUUCCACCCAGCUGGGCUGCAAAUAAGAUGGCCGGAAAAGAAUGGCUUACGAUGUUUUUAAAACGAAAUCCGGAGCUAUCCAUACGAAAACCAGAACCCACCAGCCUUGGUAGGGCAACAUCAUUUAAUGCACAGAAUGUUAAAGUUUUCUUUGAUAAAUUAGCGGAAGUAAUGGAUAGAUAUGGAUUUACAGCGGCAGACAUUUGGAAUAUAGAUGAGACACGAGUAUCCACUGUGCUAAAGCCAAAUAAAAUUGUAGCUGCCAAAGAAAAUAGCAAGCCGGGAAAAGAUUAUCUAGAGCAACCUGUGAUGUCCAGCACUGAAUCUAAUCCCACUCCUUCUACCUCCACAAGCCAAGCUGAACCCGAACCUGGUCCAAGCAAUAAAGAAAAUGAGUCGGUUAACCUAAUACAAGUAUUUUCCCCGGAAAUUGUAAGACCAUUCCCAAAGGCUGGUCCUAGAAAAGUAGCCAAGAAAUAUGGUGCUCAUCAUAAAACUGAUUCUCCACUAUUACAACUUCCAAUCGACAUAGUUGAAGAUUUUCCUGUGGGCGAUUCGCUACAUCUUAUUGAUCUUGGAAUAAUGAAAAGGCUAUUAGUUGGAUGGCGUAAUGGAAAUUUUGGGAUGUACACUACAAAAUGGUGCGCAAGGGAUAUUAUUAAAGUUAACGAAUUUUUGAUUAAAUAUAGAAUGCCUUUAGAGAUACACCGAUCAAUACAUACACUUGAUUGUCUUGCUCAUUGGAAGGGAUCAGAACUCAGAACAUUUUUACAUUAUGGGAGCAUAGUCGCACUGAUUGAUGUCCUUCGUGACGAUGUGUAUCAACACUUUCUCAACUUUUUCUGUGCGAUAACUAUAUGUACAGUUAAGAAAUAUAGUGCGUUCUUACCAGUAGCCAGAGAACUGCUUCAAUACUUUGUGGAACAAUUUAAAGAUUUCUAUGGUAUCGACUAUAUAACCAGUAAUGUGCACAAUUUAAUGCAUGUUGCAGAUGAAGUGGAAAAAUUUGGGCCACUACAAACUUUUAAUGCAUACCCUUUUGAGAACAAAUUGUACACAAUCAAAAAUAUGCUGAGGCAGGGUAACAAACCUCUUUCGCAAUUAGCAAAACGAAUUACUGAGGAAGCGAUGCUUUAUUCGAAGACUAGUUUAAAUAAAAAAUCAGAGUAUAGUGGCCCGUUUGUAACACAAAGUCGAAGUCGCCUAACCUGCGUUGCCGAUCUGGGGGGAAUUCCCCUUUUUGGGGGGAAUUUCACGUAUGAGAUAGCCAGUGCCAUAGAUGACGGAAAUUCACCAAGUACUUCCAGUUCUGUUCAAGAAGUGGCAAACAACUCUGAGCAAAUUCCUUCUACAUCUGCACAGAUGACAUCAAGCACUCGUGAAGAACCUAUCGAAAAAAAGAAACGAUUUAAUAAAUUUCUAGAUUCUUGGACUACUCGGCCUGAAUUCAAGGGAUGGUUAACGAAACACAAUGAAAUUAGAGAUGGUCACGAACUAGCAUUUUGCAGAAUUUGUAAUAUGACUGUAAUCGCACACAAAAGUGACUUAAUACGCCACCUGAAUUCAAAAAAACAUCUUCGAAUUUCUAAACAAGUAUCGGGAUCAAAAAAAAUUGACGAUUUAGUGCGGGAAUCAUCUGUAGACGUUAAAGUACGUCGUGCAGAAUUAAAGCUUUGUGCAAUGCUUGCUACAAAUAACUUACCGUUCUCGUUGAUGGACACUGUUAUCCCUUUAGCUAAAGACAUUUUCACAGACUCUGAGAUCGUAAGCAAAUUGGCAGUACGACGAACUAAAGCCUCUCAUUGUAUAAAAAAUGCUUUAGGCAACAACUUGGCUAAUAUUGUGUUUGAUGCACUUAGAGUUCCUGGCGCUUUCUUCUCCAUAAUUAUGGAUGAAACUACAGACUGUAGUACUAUUAAACAGCUUGCGUUCACAGUUAUUUAUUUUAAUGUUGAAAGUAACAAAGUUGAGACCCAUUUUUUUGAUAUGAUAGAGGUCAAAUCCGGAGAUGCCAUAUCUUUAGUGAAGUAUUUAACAAAUGUGAUAGAAUCAAAACAAAUACCAUUAUCGAAUCUCAUAGGCUUCUGUUCAGAUACUACGAACGUAAUGAUUGGAGAGCACAACUCAGUGUUUUCUCAUUUGAAAGCCGCAUUACCUAGCAUAGCGUGCAUCAAAUGUUCCUGCCAUUUAAUACAUUUAGCAGCAUCUAAAGCAUGCUUAAAACUCCCACGAUCUGUCGAAGAUCUUAUAAGAAACUUGGGGUCGCACUUCAGCCGCAGCUCUUUUAGACAAGAAAAAUUCGCAGAGUUUCAAGCUUUUUUUCAAUGUGAUUUACACAAAAUUUUGAACGUAGCUACAACACGCUGGCUGUCUGUGAAAAACUGCGUAGAUCGUGUGUUACAACAGUAUACUCCCCUGAGAGAAUAUUUAAGACUAGCUGUUUUCGAGGAUCCCUCUAAAACAACCGAAGAAAUGGUGGCUACAAUGGAUAAUGAGUUCACGUCAGAAACACCACUGCUAUAUAAAAUGAAAUCUUCAGUCGAAAAUCUGUUGAAAACUGUGUGUAGCAAUUACAUCACAUUUUCUUAUGUGAAGUCUUGUACUGAUAUAAUGAAAAUUGAGUUUGAUGAUGAAUCCAAAUAUGACAGAUUGGACAGAGUGUAUCUAGGUGUAUUAGCUACCGAAAGCUUACAAAAGUUAAAAAAUAACUCACAGGUUCCUGAAACUGAUGUCAAUAUGUUUUUGAUAACUUGUCGCAGCUUUUAUGUGGAGUUGGCUAAACAAAUCCUACAGAGGUUUGACUUUAAGGACAGUCUUUUUAAUUUUAUUGACUUGGUAAAUCCUUCUGUUGCUCAAAGUUUCACUUUUAAAUCUUUGAAGCCAAUCUUUGUAAGAUUUCCAGUAUUGUACGAUUAUUACAACAUGCAAGAAGUUGACGAUGAAUGGCGAGAACAUGCUCUACUUGAUCAUGAAAGCUACGACUUGCAUCCUUCAGAUGGUGCUGAGGAGUAUUGGCGUAAAGUUUUCCACUUAAAAAAUGCCCUUGGUCAAAGUUUGUUUCCAAAUUUAAAAGGCAUUUUAAAUGCCUUUGCAGUGGCCGUUGGUAUUUACAAAAUGUCCUCGGAUUUAGAAGAAGAUGCUACGGGUCCGUCAACACCCAAGAAAUAUAAGAAAACCAAACACAGAGCCCAAAAGUAUAGGAUUCAAUGGGAAUCAGAAGGCGAAUUUAAAGAUUGGAUUGGCCCUGAUGGAAAUAACAUUAAUAAGGCAUAUUGUAAAAUAUGUGAUGUGAAAAUAUCUUGUGAAAUAUCUACUUUAAAGAGACACAUUGUGCUAGUGGACGUGUCAACUGACAUUUCAUCAGUUAAAACAAUGUGCAUCGUUGUGCGUCUUUAUGACCCUGAAACACAUAAAAUUUCUAGUCUUCUAUGGGAAUUGCGACCUUUGUUUGAGAAGAACGAUUUUGACGCUGCAAAUCAAGGUGCUACUGGAGAAGCAAUUUAUAAAUCGAUUCUCAGAAGCUUUCAGGAUGAAAAUGUUCCUACAGAGAACAUAAUUGGAUUUGCAUCAGACGGUGCUAGCGUUUUGAUGGAGCAUACGUUCAAUGACUUAAAUGAUCCAUUCAUGAAGUUAUAUUUUAUAUUCUUGCAAUGGGUGCUGCCUAAGUUCGUGAAUCUAAACGAAUAUUUCCAAAAAAGCGGCGUCGUAAUAACAGAACUCACCAGAAAAAUGAGAGCAACUUAUCAAGAGCUUCUGUUGUGUUACAUGGAACGAAACUAUGUUGUUACAAAUGAUAUGAGCGCUAUUGACCCGACUAAAGAACAUUUUUUACGACCUGCAAGUAUGUAUUUUGGGGUACAACUGAUGACUGAAAUAGAAAACCAGAAUAUUCAAUCAAGGCAAGACUUGAUUUCAGAUUUCCAAAAAAGAGUGAGAGAUUUACUUAUAACCGGGUGUUGUCAAAUAAGGAACAGAUAUGACUUUUCCAACGUAUUACUGCAGAAGUUAUCGAUAUUAUCGCCAAAAAAUGCUGUUUCUCGUGCUCAAAGAACCACGGAGCCAACUCUGUUGCCCAUGAUGCUAGAGGUUCCUUGCAUCAUGAAAGGUAAAACAAAUGAACAAAAACAGGCCAUAGACGAUGAAUGGAUACUUCUACCGGAAACAGUUCUUCCCGAAGACUUAUUCCAUGAUAUAGACAAAAUAUCACCUGAUGAGUUUUGGAGCAAGAUAUUACAUUUAUCGGAACCGCAAUUU